AUGAGUGAAGUAGGAGAUGGUAACGAUGUUUACAAGCUAUAUGCAGUGGUUAUCCAUAUUGACAUGCUAAAUGCAUCAUUUUUCGGCCAUUACAUUUGUUAUACAAAGGAUUUUUGUGGAAAAUGGUACAGGAUUGAUGACUGCAAGGUCAUGAGGGUUGAUUUGGAAGAGGUGCUCUCGCAGGGGGCUUAUAUGCUGUUGUAUAGCAGGGUUUGUGCCCGACCAUCAUGUCUGAAGCCAAUUGAAUCUUUAACUAAGGGGAAGCAGCAAACAGUUCAAGAAGGGGAGCCCCAUGUCAAACAAUCAGUUGAAUUCCUUACUACAGCCGAGUCAAUUAAUGGCAUAUGUACUUCUGGUUCCUUGUCAUCUGAUAGCGACUCACAAGAAAAGUUUCUACUUGCGAAAAGGAGAGAACUAAUUCUGAAGAUAUGAGAGAGGACAUUGAAAUGGUAGAUUCUGAGUCAAGUUCAUCUGUUCCACAGGAUAUUGAAGUACAUGGCAAUGGGUAUUCUCAUGCGAUUGAAGAAACCGCUUCUCCUGUUCUACAUGCUAAUAGAUUAGUCUCUGCGGUUGGUUCUUCUCUAAGUGAGAUGGUUAAGCCUGAAGCUUAUUCUCAGAAUU